GGGCGGGGAUUUCCCAAUAGACAGGGUCUUUCCCCUCCUGACUUACAAAUUCGAGGUUACAGUUCAAAGACAAAGUUGAAAGUUGAAACUUUUAGUGAAUAUUGUGUUCCUUGAAAGUGGUUAUCUGUUCCUUUACAAGAUGAUUGAGCCUAUGGAAAAUGGAUUUUAUCGUACUGAAAUGAACAAAGCGACGUGGGAAGUGCCUGAACGAUAUCAAGACCUACAAUCGAUCGGUUCGGGAGCAUAUGGUUUAGUAUGUUCAUCAGAUGAUAAAGAACUGGGUGAAAAGGUGGCAAUAAAGAAAUUCUCCAGACCAUUUCAAUCAUUAAUUCAUGCAAAGAGAACAUUCAGGGAAAUAAGACUGUUAAGGCAUAUGGAUCAUGAAAACAUUAUUGGAAUAUUGAAUAUAUUUACACCACAACUAUCUAUGGAUGAUUUUCAAGAUGUAUAUAUGGUUACACAGUUGAUGGGCGCAGACCUAAAUAGCAUCCUAAAAUGUCAACAAUUAUCAGAUGAUCAUGUAAAGUUUCUGAUCUACCAAGUUUUAAGAGGAUUAAAGUAUAUUCACUCAGCAGGUGUCAUCCACAGGGAUUUGAAACCAAGUAAUAUAGCAGUGAAUGAGGACUGUGAGUUGAGGAUUUUAGAUUUUGGUCUUGCACGAAUGGCAGAUAACGAAAUGACAGGGUAUGUUGCGACACGAUGGUACAGAGCUCCUGAGAUUAUGUUGAACUGGAUGCAUUACAACCAAACAGUUGAUAUUUGGUCCGUUGGAUGUAUCAUGGCUGAAUUACUAACUUCGAAGACUCUAUUUCCUGGCACUGAUCACAUUGACCAACUAACGAAGAUUUUAAAACUAGUUGGCAAACCAGACGCAACUUUUCUGAAUAAAAUAUCGAGUGAAACAGCCAGAAACUACGUGAGGCAAAUGCCAGAAUACAAGAAACAACCUUUCAAGGAGGUAUUCACGGGGGCAAACGAUCAGGCGAUCGAUUUACUGGAGAAAAUGUUGCGACUUGAUGCAGAUAUAAGGAUUACAGCAGAAGCUGCAUUAGAUCAUCCAUAUCUCGAAAUGUACGCAGAUCAUGAUGACGAGCCCGUGUGCAAUGAAAGCUUUGUCGAGCCACCCUAUCAGUCUGAUGAUAUAGACUUUUGGAGAAAGGUAACCUUUGACGAAAUUCUUGACUACCAAUCAUCAAAGCAGACUGCAGAAGCAAUGGAGACAUAAGAAGCGAAGUUUUCGCUUGAGUAUGUAAAUUAAUUAAAAAGAGGAACAAGAGCAUUCGUCCUUGCAAGUAGCAAAGUACAGCAAUAUAUCUUUACAGUUAGAAGGGCGUUUAUAUAUAUUUAUAUAUAUAAGCGCCCUGAUAGUUACUGUAUAUCACUAUACGCUUUCGUCUACAUGUUUGCAUGCAAGCGCGCAGAAAUUUGUGUACAAAUAUUGUCUUUACAAUUUGCUUUAUCAAACCACAGUUAUCAAACGAAAUUACUACAAUAAUGUAUAACCUAACAAUGCCUUAUAAACAUGAUUUACGGUAUGGGAAGUUGAUUACAUGAUCAUUUAUAUGUAAAACAAUAUGAAUCAUGGUAUUUAAUAAACCAUUUUUUUUUCGGUUUAAAUACUCACUAAAAUGAUUUAUGGUGAAGAUUUUUAGUUAUUUUGUUUUAGUUUCUUCAUAACAACACAUUUUGAUUUUGCUUGCUCAA